UACACGCUUUGCUUUAUAUCCCGCCCGUCUAGCGGCGAGCCACUACUCUGAGCGGGACGUGAGGACUUCGCGCAGCCCUCCCAAGCCGCAACAGCUGAGGAGCACUUUCUGAGGAGUAAACAGGCCCAGGCUCAGGGCAACACAAGAUCGGGGCGUGUGGGUGGGCGUCAUCAAAAGUACUGCUUUCGGAGCACAGAAGCCUCCACACGAAGUCUGCGCGGCGCCAAACACCACCUACUAAGCGCCACCUUCUCUGCCGGUGGAAAAGCCCGCCCCGUCGGUUUCCCGCUCAGGGGCCGACUGGGAAGCCCAGGCAGGCUAUGCCCGGAAGCGGCUUCCCUUUUUCGGCCUGUUCGCUUCUGAAGUGUGGAAAUGUAAAAAGGGCGAAAGCUUCCUAGUGCCUUGGCACCUUUUCCCCCCCCUCUCCUUAGGCGGAGAGGAGGAACCCCGAGUUUUCGCUGCUACGGAAACAGGCCAUAACAAAGAAGCUGAGCGAAAAGGCGGGGAGUUUUCUCCGAGCCCGGCUUGCAGCGGGCGGGCGGGAGCGUUGCUUCCCAUUGGCGCCCUCAGCGCAGACGCGGCCACGGGGGUGGAAGGCGGCAGAAUUUGAACGGCUCUGGCGGCGCCCGGAGCCAUCCGGCCGCUUUGCCCCUUUGGAGCUGAGCGUGGAGGAAAAAGCGAGAGCCAUGCGCCCCGCUGCGCUCCGCCAUCGCUCCGGGAACGAGCCCGCCGGGAAGAUGGCGCAGCGGAACCCGCCGGAGGCCGGAGCGCCGUGGCAGGAGACGCGGGCGGCGCUGGGGCGGCUGGCGGAGAGCCUGAGCUGCUCCCGAUGCAGUGACAUUCUGAAGAAACCUGUGAACAUAGGAGGCUGCGAACAUGUCUUCUGCUUAACUUGCAUAGGUGACUGCAUUGGCACAGCCUGCCCAGUAUGUCAUAUGCCGGCCAUGGUACAAGACCUGAAGGUAAACAGACAACUGGACAACAUUAUCAAAAUCUACAGCAAAUUGCAAAGUCUGCAGGGCAGGGAUUUCUCAGGUUCUGGUGAUAAUCUUUGUGCUCCGCAAGAAGUAACUUGUGAAUCAGGAAUUGUGAAGAAGGAAAUAAAAAUGUGGUUCAGUCCUCGUAGUAGGAAGAUGAGAUUUACUCUGAAGAAGAAGUCGGAGAGGGCAGAACAGCCUGUGACACCCAAGGUGGUGACAAACAAGGACAGCCAGCCUCAUGACCCAUCUUCGGUGUAUGACUUUGUUUCCUCUCCUCCUUCUCAAGAUCCUUUCAAAGAGGGUCGAAAAGCUCUGCCAAAAUGUAAGAGGAAACUGAAGAAAAGGACUUUAAGAGACAUUAACCAACAAUGGGGUUUGCUUGAGGGGAGACAGAAGAACAUCAGUAGACAUGGAAAGAGCAGCCCAAAUGAAACCAAGGAAACAUCAGUGUCAUUUUGCAGUCAAACAGUGGUCAUCCCCAGUCCUGACCCCCAAAGCCCACCAAUGCACAAGCCUAUAAUGGGAGAAGGUGAUGUGCAAAAUGCAAACGAACCCAGUACAGGUGGUAGCAGUACAUCUGUGAAAUACACAGGGAGGAAGAGCAGCGAUAACUUGUCUGGCACAUGUGGUGCUGAUGUGGAGAGCCUGACUUCUGAACAGUGCCUCCCCUCUGAAUGGGAAACACCCUGGCUAAAACGGAGCAGGCUACUGACUGGAUCUCCCACUUCUUUCUCAAAACGUCUCAGAAGGAAGGAGCAGAGCUCUUGCAGGAGAAUGUCAUUGGUAAAAGGGUCUCCACGGCAGUCAUCUGAACAUGUCCUUGGUAAAACCUCUCCUACCUUUGACUGUGUAAAGUCUACACCAAUUGUUAGCACCAUCUUCACACUGAGAAGCGCUGGAAAUUACAGUGGAAGUAACAAAGUAGUUCCAGAAACACCACCUUGGACCAAUAAUCCUACUCAAAGAGCAAUACAGGGAGUCCAACUUUUCUCCAAAAAAUCUCCCAAUAAUUUAUCAGCCAAGAGAAAUCAUAAAGGAGAGACACUACUCCACAUUGCUUCCAUUGAGGGGAAUCUUUCUACUGUUGAGCACUUGCUGAAAAGUGGAGCAGACCCCAAUGUUCAAGAUUAUGCUGGAUGGACACCAUUGCAUGAAGCUUGUAAUCAUGGACAUAAGGAGGUAGCAGAGUUAUUGCUGCAACACGGGGCACUACUGAAUGCACCUGGGUAUCAGAAUGAUUUGCCGCUUCAUGAUGCUGUCAAGAAUGGGCAUACAAGUGUUGUUGAACUGUUGCUUUUGCAUGGAGCUUCUCGAGAUGCUGUCAAUAUAUUUGGUCACAAGCCUGUGGAUUAUGCUGAAACGGAAAAGAUGAAGUCGCUUCUGAUGCUAUCAGUAAAUAAUGAAUCUUCUACACUUACUCAGUGUGCAGAACACAUAAACUUAAAUAACCCUAGAGAUGGGCCUGUUGUUCUCCUUGGAAGUGGUCUUGAUCCAGUUAAGCAACAGUUAUUGAGCAAACUGGCUGUGGUUCUGAAAGCUAGACUAUGUACAGAGUUUAACAGCACAGUGACACACAUUAUAAUCCCUGACCCUCCUGUGCGGAGUACUAUGAAGUGCCUGCUGGCAGUCCUGGCUGGUUCCUGGAUCUUGACAUUUAAGUGGGUCGAAGCCUGUCUUCAGAGUGGAGCUAGGGAACAAGAAGAGAAGUACGAAGUAAAUGGUGGUCCACAACGAGGCCGGUGGAACAAAGAACAGCUGUUACCAAAGUUGUUUGAUGGCUGUUACUUCUAUUUUCUGGGAAUGUUUAAGGAGCACAACAAAGAUGACCUCAAAGAAUUGGUGAAAGCCGGUGGUGGACAGAUUCUCAUGAGGAAACCUAAAUCAGAUAAUGAUGUGACACAGACAAUCAAUACAGUAGCCUAUCAUGCUGAGAUCACUUCUGACCAGAGUUUCUGUACUGUGUAUAUAAUCUAUGAUGGAUCUUCUAGCUACAAGCCAGAAAAAAUUCGUCAAGGAAAAGUUUGGGAGGUGCCAACUAAGUGGCUUAUAGACUGUGUGACAUCCUUUCAACUGUUACCUGUUAAGCAAUGAAGUCCCCAGUGCUGCAGCACCGGAACCAGUUGCGAAAACCUGGUUUCCAGACAAAUUAAAAUCAUGUGCUUUAACCUGAAAAUAAUGAUUAAACAUCAGAUUUGCUUCAGUUGCAUUUUUUAAAAUUUGGGCUAGAGACAGCAGGAGAGAACUGCAGUCAGGAUUCAGUUAUCAUGUGUAAAAUCUUAAGUUUGGAAACUGGUGUGUCAAUAGUGAGAAUCAUCUAACUUUUAGUAAUGUAUGAUCCUGAUUUCUAUAAACUAUUUGCGUGUUUAAGUACUGGCUUAAAAAAGUGCAUGGGUGUCGGUUUAUGAUUGUAACAUAUUUGAAAGCAUUAGCCUGUGUAUGUAUAUGUAACUCCUCUUCUGUUUAUUGGAAUAUUCUGAAAUCCUACUCAUUUUAUGAAGUCUAACAUCUGUGUCUGAAAAUUUCAUCAAUAUUGCUCUAUUAUAAUCCCUUUAUUAAGCAACCAUAAUAUAAAUAACCUAUUCAAAUAAUUAUUAAA